AAGUGGGCAGAGCGAGCACAGAGGCUCGUGCGCUGUGGUGCUGGGAAUCUCACCUUUCCAGUCUGCUCCUCACAGCGACGUCCCCGCUCGCCCUUUCACUGGAUAUUUCAACUCUUACCCCCCCCGUCGUAAAACACCUCCUCGGGCUACAGAUAGAAGUAAGAACAGGAUGCAACAGGUUGGAGUCAGUCCACUGAGAUGUUACUGAGCGAUGAGGAUGGGUCAGAGAAGGAAAUCACGCCGGUGAGGCAAACAAGCCAUACACCACCCCCCAAAAAACCACUGCACCGCUUCACCGACUGACACCACCAUGCCCCGCCUGCCCUCCUGAUUCUCCUCCCUCACCUCUGCACCUUCCCUCGGUAAAAUCAGAGUCGCAGCAGCUCCCUACAACUCCCUGUCAAGUCAGCAUGGCUACACCCUUCCUGUGGAAGCUGUCAUCCCAGAAGCUGGGCUUCUUCCUUGUCAGCUUUGGGUUCAUCUGGGGCAUGAUGCUGCUGCAUUUCACCAUCCAGCAGCGAGCCAGCCAUGAGAACAGCGCUGUACUGAGGCAGCAGAUCCUGGACCUCAGCAAGCGCUACAUCAAGGCCCUGGCUGAGGAGAACCAAAGUGUUAUGGAUGGGCCCUAUGUGGGUACCAUGACAGCGUAUGACUUGAAGAAGACCCUUGCAGUGUUGCUGGAUAACAUCAUGUUGAGGCUGGGCAAGCUAGAGUCCAAGGUGGAAAACAUCUACAAUGGCACAGGGGGCAACCUGACCAACAGUCCCAGCACUGCCACACCCAGCGUCGCAAACUCCGAAAAAGUUAAUGUGGCAGACCUCCUAAAUGGAGCCCAGGAGAAGUGUGAGCUGCCGCCUUUGGAAGGUUUCCCUCACUGCGAGGGCAAAGUCAAGUGGAUGAAGGAGAUGUGGCGCUCUGACUCUUGCUAUGGCAACUACGGCGUGGAUGGAUCCACCUGCUCCUUCUUCAUCUACCUCAGCGAGGUGGAGAACUGGUGUCCUCGCCUGCCCUGGAGGACAAAGACCCUGACUGAGGAAAUAGACAGGAGGGGACAGGCGGAGAUCCAGACCAGCUUCGAGGAGCUUUACCGCGUGAUGUCACAACGUGAGGAGUUCCGAUGGAUGAUGCUGAGGAUCAAACGCAUGGCUGAGCCGUGGGUCAGCGCCAUCCGCUCUCUGGCUGCCAAGCAGAACCUAGCCCGGCGUCGCAGGAAGAAGAUCCUGGUGCACUUGGGCCUGCUGACCAAGGAGUCUGGCUUCAAAAUAGCAGAAAACGCCUUCAGUGGUGGCCCAUUGGGCGAGUUGGUCCAAUGGAGUGACCUCAUAACCACCCUGUACCUGCUGGGCCAUGAUGUUCGCAUCUCAGCCUCCCUGGCCGAGCUCAAAGAGAUCAUGCGCAGAGUCAUGGGGAACAAGUCCAGUUGCCCGACGCAGGGUGACAAAGUGGUUGAGCUCAUCUACAUUGACAUCGUGGGCCUCACCCAGUUUAAGAAGACACUGGGACCUUCCUGGGUCCACUACCAGUGUAUGCUGCGGGUGCUGGAUUCGUUCGGGACAGAGCCAGAGUUCAACCACGCCCACUACGCCCAGUCCAAAGGUCACAAGACACCCUGGGGCAAGUGGAACCUCAACCCGCAGCAGUUCAACACCAUGUUCCCUCAUACCCCCGACAACAGUUUCCUGGGCUUCGUGGUGGAGCAGCACCUCAACGCCAGCGACAUCAAGCACAUCGAUGAUAUCAAGAGACAGAACCAAUCACUAGUCUACGGCAAAGUUGACAACUUCUGGAAGGACAAAAAGAAAUACCUGGACAUCAUCCACAGCUACAUGGAAGUCCACGGCACCGUGCACGGCACCAGCACCGUGCACCUGCCGAGCUACGUCAAGAACCACGGCAUCCUGAGCGGCCGAGACCUGCAGUUCCUCCUCCGGGAAACCAAGUUGUUUGUGGGUCUGUCCUUCCCCUACGAGGGUCCCGCCCCCCUGGAAGCCAUCGCCAACGGCUGCGCUUUCCUCAACCCCAAAUUCAACCCGCCAAAGAGCAGCAAGAACACAGACUUCUUCAAGGGUAAACCCACACUGAGAGAGCUGACGUCUCAACAUCCGUAUGCUGAGGUGUACAUCGGUCAACCCCAUGUGUGGACGGUGGAUAUCGAGAACUCUGCCGAGGUGGAAAGGGCCAUCCGCUCCAUCCUCAGCCAAAAGAUUGAACCCUACCUGCCCUAUGAGUUCACCUGUGAGGGGAUGCUGCAGAGAGUCAACGCCUUCAUUGAGAACCAGGACUUCUGCCACGGUCAGGUGAUGUGGCCACCCCUCACUGCCCUGCAGGUCAAGCUAGCUGAGCCUGGACGCUCCUGCAAGCAGGUGUGUCAGGAGGAGCACCUCAUCUGUGAGCCCUCCUUCUUCCAACACCUCAACAAGGACAAGGACCUGGCCAGGUUUGGUGUGGACUGUCAGACGGUGGAGUCGAGUGCCGACACGGUGGUCCCAGCCUACAGCGAGUCCCGCCACCACUGCAUCUUCCAGUCUGACCUGCUGCUGUUCAGCUGCGCGGGCGCCCACCCCUCGCUGCAACGCAUCUGCCCCUGCCGCGACUACAUGAAGGGCCAGGUGGCGCUGUGCAAGACCUGCCUAUAGCAGCAACACACAAGCUGAUGGGAGGAGAGAGGGAGGGGAUGCUGACGGAGGAUUUGGGUUUUGGGUGGGGGGUUUGGACGUGGCUGAAUGGAGGUUAAAUGAGUGCCGUCAAUCACAACGCACGCACCAGACUUUGUUUUUUUCGUGGGAAGCGGUGUGGACAGAAACAUUUGUGCGACUGCGUCCGUUGAUCAUAUUUAUUGUUUUCCACAGCUGCUGGACGUGAAGCGGUCCUGCAGCCGACCCGAGCAUCCAUCAACCCUCUGAUUCACCAGCGGUGGCGCUGCCAGGCCCGGAAGCGGCGUGAAUUUACUUGAAUCAACUAAUAAAAUAAAAAUAAAAUAAUAAAAAAAAAAAGUCUCAGACUUUAAACCUGCAGCAGAAGAGUUCUCUGCUGCCACCUUGGUAGACUGCACAUAUCAGCGACAGCCUGUCUGUCUGUCUUCAGGAUGACGACAGCGAGGGACCAAGGAGACUCAAACGCCCCCCUUCCUGACAGCCGCCCCACCUUCCUCUACUCUACUCCUCCCCCCUACAUCCCCCUCCCCUGGUCAAAUCUGAAACUGUUUAUUCAUUUGGUAGGUUUGCACUGGACUGGCAUGCCUGAGGGCCCACAUUCCCCCCCCCACACACCCCACACACACACAGACACACACACACACGGGGGGCUGUUCCCAGCCUAACCAGACAGGCUCAAGAAGAACCAGUUUUACACUGUAACUGACUCGUUCCUCUCUUCUGGACGAGAGCGGACAUUGUAACGUAGAUAUCUAGAUUUUUAUCCUCCAGACUUAAAGCGGUCUUCGUCCCCCCCUUUAAAGACAGGAAAGUGCAGUCGUGGAUCAGUCGGUCCCGCGAUUUUCAUACGUUUACGUUACUCGUUUGAAAAUGACAUUUUAUUUGAAGCUAUAAAGCGGAUGAAGCCCGUGUGUUUGUACGAAAGGCCAGUAGAGAAUGGAGGUCCUGGUCCCACACAGGGGGUGAGGGUCGUUCUCUGUAGCUAAAAGCAGUCGCGUACAGAGUCGCAGUGUCGUAGGAUGUCGUGACGUUGUGUUAUAGAUGAUAGACCGUCGUCAGUAGCCGUGGUAACACCUAGAUGGGCUAGGAAGCCCCAACAACAACAACAAAAACAACAACAACACGUUCUCCCAAAGCCUGCACAGAAACAUGAAAACCUUACGAGAUGUUCGUCUGUGUCUUUUUUUACGUACACGAGUCUCAACACAAACAUCCACCAGACAGCCCUACAAGCAAACUAAGCAACACAAACAUGUCAACAAAGCCUCACAUCUCAUUUUCUUUGGAUAAUCAUUUAGGACUUUAAUUUGCCUGCAGGUUUGCGAACAUAAAAAAAAAGUGAUUAAGGUAAAAAUAAAAUACGUAGUUCUUGUGGUGAAUGGAAAAAAUGCACUACGUUAAUCUAUUCGCAGGUUUAACAAGAUAUUAGUAACACUGUAUAUUGUUCAUAUUGGUUUUAAAGUUUCUUUUUUAUUUAUUUUAUAUACACAGAUCUUUAUCUCUGUUUUGCUGGAAAAAAAUCUUGUUUUUUAUUUAUAGGAGGGUCUCUUGCUUUUUUCCUUUUUAUAGAUUUUUAUUUAUGAGGAGUAAUUUAAAAAAAAUAAAAUAAAAAAAUAAGCGUACUUAUCUUCAAGUGUAUGACCGGGGGGGGGGGGUCUUUGUCUGCUUCUGUUCAGCUUCCAGCAGUGAUGUGAGGAGGAAAAUAAUCAUUGUAUGCAAUGUUGGUGGGAAGUAAGUUACUUUAUUUCUCCAUUUCUGAGCUCAAAUUGGGACAGAAAACUAUUUUUUAAGCACAUUAAUUACAUUUUGUUGAGAAAUUGUCACAAAGAAUAAUUUCAUUCUAAUAUAACUCCGAUCCUACUUUCACAAUUUUAUAUUAAAUGUUUGGACAAUUAACGGAUUUGAUAUUUUAUUUCUUAAAAAAAAAAAAAAAGGCUAACGUUAGCUACAGGUUUUUAACUGCAGAAGAAGAGUCCUCUCAUCACUGUCUCUUGAAGACGGACAGCAGUGGACAAACAUGGAUCGUGGUGAAAGCCAGCAGGAGCCUCACACACUCUGUGCUUUGAUUUCCAAUCGCUGGUUUUAUUUUGUUGCACACUUGUAAACUCUGAACCUGUACUUCCUCUCUGUGUCAGCUCAGACUGUUUUUAUCUUUUUUUUUUUUUUUAAAGGAGUCAGUAAUCUGCCGCCAAGUUAGUGUUUCAAAGAACAUGAUGUGCCUUUUUCAUGGUUAAGUUUGGUUCUGCUGCAGCGUGUCACAGAUCAGGUCAAACUAUUCAACAUGUGAACCUGAAACAACUUCCAGCCUUCAGUCCUAAAUUAAAUCCACCGAACAGAUCAAGUAAUCUGUUCUCUCUCAUUUCCUGAGUUUUGUUUAGUUAAAUUGAAAUCAUUUUAAUCUUUUAUCUAAUUUAAUACAAUUUAAAUCAGUUAAUUGAAUCUGUUCAAACCUUGUGAUUCGCUGGAGUUGCUCAGAUUCUGUUUAAAGUUUACUGAUUAACUUUUAGCAGCGUAAGAAAGGGUAACGCCAGUGUUAACUGUCAGUUCAUUCAGAUUUACAUGUUUUAUAGUAAUCAGAUUACACUGAAUUUGGUGUUCUUUAUCCUAGUUAACAAACGAGGAAGAGUCUUACUGUAAACUGUAUAAACUGAUGUUUUGGACUAGCACGUGUACGCUUUAGUGGGUUUAAUUUCUCUAAACUAAUUACUCACAGCGGUGUGGGUUCAGAAGAUAGAAACUACAGUGGUGUUAUCCUCAUUGAAAAAAGGAUAAAGUUCACGAUAUUCAAUCACUUUUUUUAUUGUCAACAAACUUUCUAUACCCUGUCUGUGGUAACUAUUAGUUACUACAGAAGACAGAAAUCUUUACAAGAGCUUACAAAAAUAUAUAUAAUUAGAUUGUUUUCAAAAGGCUAAAUAAUUUCCUGAAGCUCGACUCUUUAGCAAAACAUCACUUAAGAGAAAAUAGUGAAUUUGUUGGGGACUAUUUUCAGCUGUGGAUUAGUACAUAUUAGCUUUAUACCAACAUUGAUUGUAUAAAAGUUACAGGUUACCCUGAGCAACACUGCGGCUCACUGAUGUGUCUUUAAUGGAAACAAUGGAGCUCUAUGGCACAAAGGAAUAAUAUGAUAUGUUAUUAGAAUACAUUCAUUGUUUCCUUCAUUUGUUGACAAUAAGAAAACUAGAAUAUCUGCACUCUCAUCCUUCUACAUGUCAGAGUUCAAACUAAAAAAAUCUAAACAAAUAGUGAAACUAUUAUUUUUAAAUAAAAAUCAAGAAACAUUUUGACACGUCCUUAAACAAGAGACCACCGAUGUGUUUCUGUGAGCAGCUGUUUGGACGAGCAGUCGGUCAAACCUGUUUUGUUGCAGUAAAAGCCUUAUUUACUUUGUGUUAGUUAGCAUGCUAUUGAUCAGAUUAUCAACUGUUGGUUUCAAGAGAAAUCAGCUCCAUCAGCAGCAGUUCUUUAAAAUGGUCUCCUCACCAUAUCUGUCUUUGUUAACCUCAGCAUUGAAUGUCUCCAUUGUAAAAGAAAACCGGCUACUUACAGUCAAACAAACUCAAUCUUUUGUUUUUCAAUCUCAACCUUGUCUGAAGGUCCGAGCAGCGAAAGGUGAAUAACGCAAUGACAUUUGUGUUUUAUUUUUGUUUUUCCACAGUCCUUGACGAGUAAGAGGGAUAUAACUUUAUUUUUAAAUAAACCUUUUUUCUGUGACAAAA